AUGACCGAGAAAGAUAUUCAAUGGCUCACAUAUCAUUGUAAUGUAGAAUAUAUGCUUCAUACUGCAUUAGAACAAUUGUAUCGUAUCGAUAAUGAGGAUGACACCGAUUUCGAUAGCUCAAUAUUAAAUGAUUGUUCAAUAGUAUCAAGUAAAACAGAAGACAAUUCAAAUGAAACGAAAUUUAAAUAUCUUUUUAAUUUUACCAUUUAUCUAUGGGCUUUAUUAAUUAUUUGGAUUAUUUUUCAAAUGUCAACAUCUUCGUACUAUUUCAAAUGA